AAAAAGCAGAAUGAAAUAUUUUCCCGUGUACAGAGCAACCUUCUUAUCGAAUUGAUGCGUCUUUUUGGAAGAGUAUGCGAUAAAUUAGAAUAUUCAGCUGUGUACGUAUGCAGCGUUUUCAUGUAUUUCUCUGUGCCGCAUGCAAAUUUUAUGAAUCGAACUUAAGGCCCACCGGCCGUAUUCAUCCAACGAAAUUAACGUAAAUUGUGGUGAAAUUGCGCACAAUUACUAUGGAAUCUAAGCACUGUUUGUGGAUAGAACUGGAUUCGAGUUUGGACGACCUUGGGUACGCCCUUUUAAGAUCGCUUUUUGUAAACCCAGCCCUCCAUUCAAUAACGAUCGUGAUGAUGAUGAAGUUGCUUUGGAUGAUGUGUAUUCCGCACACUAUCUUUCGCACCGCCAGAUGUUUUCGACCGAUUCAGAUGUCACAGAUGACGUAGUCGCGCCAAAAAUAACCACUUCAGGGCGCGGCAAGGACGCGGGGGGCGUGGCAAAACAAGAGCAACAGGCAACGGGUUUACAGCUUGUCGCACCUGCACAAAUAUUCUUUCGAAAGUGAUCGUUACCUCGUAUUUUACUACCCCGAGAGAGAUACGUUGCAGAGUGACCGUUACAAGUAUCGUUCAGAAAUACCGUAGCAAGGCAAUCGAUAACUUUCGAUUUUUCUUGUAUCGAUUGCAUUCCGUUCCCAUACAAUAGAAGUGCCAUCGAAAUGCACAGCGAAAAACACACGCCGGAUAUUCGGGAAUUAAUGCCCGUUAGGGAGCACAGGUGCGAGAGAUGUCCGAGUCUUGUCUUUGGCAACCUCAGUCACUAUCAGCUGCACCUGCGACGGCGCCACCAGGAGGUUAUCCCACCCUCUGUGAUCGGGCCAAUUGUCGCAUUCCAUUGCCCCGUGGAAAAGUGCAUCUACCAUGUGGCUACCAAGGGAGCCCGCAGCUUCACCAGCUUGCGCUUGCUGCGACAGCACUACCAGAAGAGCCACCUGGACAAGAACUACAAGUGCCUGGCGUGCGGCGGGAAAUUCCUGCUGCAGCACCAUCUGGAGAAGCAUCAGUGCUCAAAACACAAGUGUCCAGUGUGUGAACUGACCUACAACAGCAAGGCUGGCCUCAGGACCCACAUGCGGCGCAAGAACCAUUUGGUGCAUCACGAAUCCGACAAGGUUCCCAUACCCUCGCUGGCCACAUGGAAAAGGCUGAAUCCACAGCCAAUUCCCGUUUCUGCAGAUUCCUUAACCGCCCACAGUUUGAAAACAGGCAGUGAUUUACAUCCGUCAGAGGAAUAUAUUAACAACCUGCCUUCCAACUUGGCGGGGGUUACUGAACUAUAUGCUGAAAUACCCAAUCCGGAGGCCAAUAUGCCCUCCACUCUUGAACUGGAUACCAAUUUACCGGCUGCAGAGGAACAUAUUCUUUGUUUCCUGCCCAUUAUGGAUGUGUCCUAUGCGCUAGAGAUGUCAUCCCAGAAACUAGAUAUGGAAACACAAACGGAGGAGGACGAUCUGAAUGAAAUCAGGAACGAAGUGCUGGCGCCCUUGUUACGCGAUAUAGAAACCCAAACGCCCGACACCAGAGGCGACAUAGGAACGAUGACCGAUGAUUUCCCAGAGGAACAGGAGCCUGUUGCGGUCGGAAGCCAUUUCCACGCGUAUUCAGAAACUGAACCUAUGUUUGACUUGCAAACCUCUGCCCACAUGUACACCCAAACUUGCGACGAUUUGUUUGAGGAACUGGGGCUGUCCCACAUCCAAACCCAAACUCACUGGCCAGAUGGUCUGUACAACACGCAGCACACGCAGACAUGCGAUGAAAUAAUGGACGAACUCUUCCCCGACAACUUUCAGUCCACUUGCACGCAAACCAGGUGGCUGGACUGAAAGGAUACUAGGAGAAGGCGGAAGGUAGAAUGAACAGAUAAAAAACUCAUUGUAUUAUAUACAAUUAUAUAUUUAUUAUUUGUUAAAGUGAAAAUUAAGUAAAUUAUUAUUCUGUGAAAACAC